CAGACUGUAGUCUGCUAUUGUAGUUUGUUUUAAUGUACUAUUUGUUUAAUUUAUUUUCCAGAUUGUUUCUUUUACAAAAAAUUGAACAUGGCAUCUCAGAUGAACAGUAAUAACGCAAAAUUUUAUAACGGAUUCAAUGGUUUUGAUACGAAAAGUCCAUUUUUAAUCGGAGUAGCAGGAGGUACAGCAUCUGGAAAAUCUACAGUUUGCCAAAAAAUAAUGGAAAAAGUUGAACAAUAUUCAUUGGAACAUCAACAACAUCAGGUUAUUUGUAUUAGCCAAGAUAGUUUUUACAAAGAACUUACAGCUGAGCAAAAGAGUAAAGCAGAUAAAGGGAAAUAUAAUUUCGAUCAUCCAGAUGCUUUUGACAAUGAAUUAAUGCACCAAGUUUUAAGAGAAAUAUUAGCGGGAGAAAUCAUUAAGAUACCUGUAUAUGACUUCAAAUCUAAUUGCAGAAAAAUGGAUGAAUUCAUAACAGUGCAUCCCGCUGAUGUUGUUUUAUUUGAAGGCAUUUUAGCUUUUUACUUUCCUGAAAUAAGAGAACUGUUUCACAUGAAAUUAUUUGUCGACACUGAUCCUGAUACAAGGUUAUCGCGAAGAGUCCUUAGAGAUACCAAAGAAAGAGACAGGGAUUUAGGCCAAAUACUCCAUCAGUAUACCACCUACGUGAAGCCUGCAUUUGAAGAAUUUUGCUUACCAACUAAAAAAUAUGCAGAUGUCAUCAUUCCUAGAGGUGCAGAUAAUGAAGUUGCUAUUGAUCUGAUUGUUAAGCACAUCCAAGAACUUUUACGUCAAUCUUCUUGCAAAGACCGGGGCUCUCCGACCAUUGCAUCUGCCAAAAUACUUCUUUGAUUCAUGUAUUUAACACGGGCCAG